GCUAUAUACUUUACUUCCUUUGAACUGAAUAAGAAGACAACACAAGUAAAUCGCUUGACAUGUCAGUACACGGUGCUGAUAUUAAUACCUUGUUUUUACGACGCAUGGAAAAAGUUGCAUCAUUUACAUUUAUCCUCAACUAGAGUAAUGUGAUAACUGAUACCAUGUUUGCCCUACUUGGUAGAAAAGCUGCAAAUAGACAAGUGGCUGUUCUCCGUGGGCUCCAAGAAAGAGAUGUACCAUUGAGGCAUGUCUGCUAGGAUGAACUCCACCAGUAUUCAGCAGUCUGUGGAUGCCAGUGUGACAGCUGGAUUUUCCUCAAAGUAUGGUCUGCAAGAGACAUGGGUGCAAACAGAUUUGUCUUUGCAUACACGGGACCUAGAUCUUUUAGAACUGAUUUACUUGUUAAAGACAUCCAAUAUAUUGGAGCUGAGGCCAGUAACUGGAGAGUGUCCUUUAUGUGGCUAUGUGAAGGCACCAUGCAAAGAUGGAGUACCAGGAUAUAGCAAGCUAAAGAAUGGCCGGCAAAAUCUUAUCGAAGGUUUCUCUAACAAGCCAAUUCUAAACAAUGGAAAUAAUGAGUGUUGGAAACAGAUACAGACUAUGUCAAAGGAAACUGAAAGAGUCCAAUUGAAAACUGCAGACCUGAGGAAAAGAAGACCUGAGAAAGAAAUACCUCCAGCUGACCAUCAUAGUGCACGUGAAAAUGACAGUUUAACUACAGAUGACAACUUAAGCAACCAAAACACUGUAUCUACUCAUUCUCCAAGGUUGGCAAGUCUCAACAAAAGAAAAUCAGAAGAUGUAAAGACAAAAAUGCAUAAUCACCCAAAUGUGAAGCAUCAAUGCAACCAAAAUUUGAGCAAGACCUUACCAGUAGACAGCAAUAAAGAUGUUCAUAUUAGCACAGCUAGUUCAGAUCAUGUCCGCUCGCGUUCUCAACAGCAUGCAGUUUUUCCAAGCACAGAAGCAUCUUAUGCCCCGUCUUCAGGCCACUAUUAUUCAGACUCACAUCAUUUUGUUCACAAUGCUGGAAUUUAUAGUGCUGUCUCUUUUGAAGAUUCAAAUACAAAUCUUUUGACCUGGCAUAAAGAUCGAACUUUGAACUCUGAGGAAACUUCUUGUAUGCCAAUCGGAAGCCAUCUUGCUUCUGAUGAUUCAUCAUUCCAGUUCUUGCAGUACUCACCUCUAAACACUGACAGGGUCCCGAUGGUUAGCAGUGGCUUUUAUGAUAACCAAAAAUCUCUUUUUCCAAGAUCCACCUCACAACAUGAGAUUUUCUCAAGACAAAAUGCAAGGUCAAAUGAACUAAUAUAUCAAGAAACUAAUACAAAAAUUUCUAAACUGGAAGACUCAAAAAAAUGA